AUGACUGAGGUGCCUCUGGAAUACGACAUCUUUUCAGACCUAAACCUGUAUUUGGUCAUCGGUCUGGGCUCGGUGUCAUUUCUCCUGCUCAUCACCAUAUUGGUCACCAUCGUGCUCAAGUGUCAGAAACCCAAGCCCAGCAAAGCGGCUCCUCCCUGCAGGAACAGUGUGAUCAGUGAGAGGAACUCCACCAUCGCAGAUUCCACUCUGGUCUCCAACGAUGCCUACUGGUACAGUCUGUUUCUAGCGGAGACCAGGAAAGGGAAGCUGGUGGUUAGACAGCCUGUGCCAAAGGGCUCCAGAUACAUCGUGUCCAGUCUACCGAGAGGCACAGGACUGACAGACACUAGCGACUCAGCUGCUUCCACUCUGCAGUAUUCCCGGAGAGGGUACGUUUCAGUUUUUAUCUUUCUUUCUGCCAUCAUGAACACGGUAUUCACCGUUACUCAUUAUUCUGUUCCUGAAGAAAUGGAGGAAGGAUCUGUCGUUGCUAAUUUAGCAACUGAUUUGGGAUUAGACGUGAAAACUCUGAAUAAAAGACAAAUGCGCAUAGAUGUUGUAGGCAACAAAAAAUAUCUUGACAUCAACAAAGACACGGGAGAGCUGUUCAUUUUGGAAAGGAUAGACAGAGAAUUGUUAUGCCCCUUAAAGACAACGUCAUACUGCUUUCUUAAAUUAGACGCUACAAUUGAAAAUCCUGUCCGGAUGUUUAAUAUUGAGGUGGAAAUCACGGAUAUUAACGACAACGCUCCUCAUUUUCGACGAGGAACGAUGCACUUGGACAUCUCUGAAUCAAGCCCCGUUGGAGAGAGAUUCUCUUUGAAUAAUGCUGCAGACCCAGAUGUGGGACCGAAUUCUGUGAAAAAUUACCAUUUGAGCUCAAGUGAACACUUCACUAUUGAAAUUCAGACCGGGAGAGACGGGACAAAGUUUGCAGAUUUGAUUCUGAAGAAAGCUUUAGAUAGAGAGCAGCAGGCUUAUCAUAACCUAAUACUCACUGCAGUGGACGGUGGGGUCCCCACGCGCACAGGUACAGCCAGCAUCGUUAUUCGCGUGCUUGAUGUGAACGACAACGCCCCUUCAUUUGACAAAGACAGAUACGUCGUAGAUGUGAUGGAAAACUCCCCGAUUGGAAGUCUAGUAAUCAAACUAAACGCCACUGAUUUAGAUGAAGGUUCUAAUUCCGAGAUUGUUUAUUCAUAUAGUUUGUAUACAUCAGAGAGAACGCAGCAGAUGUUCAACUUGAAUCCAGAAAAUGGUGAAAUCAGAGUGAAAGAGAUGAUAAAUUAUGAAGAUUUUAAGCUUUAUGAAAUGGAGGUUAUUGCCAGCGAUAAGGGGCCUAACUCCUUAUCUGGACAGUGUAAGCUGACAAUACAGGUGACAGAUAUGAACGACAAUCACCCACAAAUAUCCAUCAAAUCAUUUCAAAGUCCAAUCAAAGAGAGUGAGCCCAUUGACACAGUGAUAGCUGUAGUUAGUGUCAGUGAUAAAGACUCAGGUGACAACGGAGUGGUAGAUCUGCAUAUUCCAGAUAACAUGCCUUUCAGACUGAGGGAGUCCUCUGAUAACUAUUAUGAAUUAGUAGUGUCAGAGCCGUUAGACCGCGAGAAGGUCCCAGAAUAUGACAUCACUUUCACUGUUACAGACAAAGGUUCUCCUCCUUUAUCUGACAAUGAAACUAUGACGUUAGAGCUGCUGGAUGUGAAUGACAAUGUUCCACAGUUCCCUCAAUCAUUUUAUACUAUACGUGUAACGGAGAAUAACGCACCUGGGGCCUUGCUGAGUUCACUCUCUGCGUUUGACCCUGACCUCCAUGAAAACCAGUAUCUAGUUUAUUUCAUCCUAGAGAAGGAGAUAGCCAACACCUCCAUGUCCAUGCUGUUCUCCAUCAAUCCAGAGAACGGGAACCUUUACGCACUAAAAACUUUUGACUAUGAGAUCGAGAAGGAGUUUCUUUUCCACAUCGAGGCCAGAGACUCUGGCUCUCCUCCACUGAGCAGU